AUGUCUUUGGAGGUGGGCCAUAGGGGUGCCUCCACAGGGCUCAGCCCGACCCGGGCAGAGAGGCUCAUUGCAGGUAUAUGGGUGGAGCUGAAGAACCAAGUCACAUGCACCUGGACAACCUGCCCCAGGUGCGACUACGAGGAAGCCAGAGAGAUUUUCCAGACCAGAGAAGCGACGCUGGAGUUCUGGACAGUGUACACGGAUGGGAACCAGUGUCAGUCCAACGUGUGCAUUCACGGAGAGUGUGUGGAUCUGCACCAAGACUAUGCCUGCCGCUGCAACCAGGGAUACGAGGGCAAAUACUGCAAUCAGCCUCUGACGGCCACUAACUGCUCCGUGGACAACGGCGACUGCGACCACGACUGCACGGACAGCGAGGACGGCCUGUCGAGACGCUGCAGCUGUCUGAGUGGAUACAAACUGGACGACGACCACAGGAAAUGUGUCCCCAAUGGUUCUGCAUCGUGUGGCCGGUUGCUGAUCAACAGGUCGUCAUACACCAAGCCGAUGGACGGCCUGCUGCCCUGGAUGGUGGGAGGGGAGGUGGGCAAGAAGGGGGAAAGUCCCUGGCAGGUGCUGGUACUCAACGCCCGAGGACGUUUUCACUGCGGGGGCGUCCUCAUCGCCGAGAGCUGGGUCCUGACGGCCGCUCACUGUCUCGAAGACAACCGGAGAUUCAGUGUACGACUGGGUGACUACGAGCGUUUCAGAGACGAAGGGAGCGAGGUAACCCUGAGGGUCAUCGCAACUUUCAAACAUCCGAACUACAACAGGGACACGGUGGACAAUGACAUCGCCCUGCUGCGCCUGCAGAGCCCUGCGCCCAACUCAGAAUACAUCGUCCCCGUGUGCCUGCCGGGACGUGAGAUGGCCGAGCGAGUUCUCCACCUGAACGGGACCCUCACCACGGUGAGCGGCUGGGGAAAGGACGACCUGGACAGCACUCACUACAGCUCGGCGCUCAACGUCAUCAAAAUCCCGCUGGUCAGCCACAGCGUCUGCUCCCGCCUGAUGUUCCCGUACAACAUCUCUGAAAACGUCCUCUGUGCUGGGGUCCUGGGACAGAGGAAGGACGCCUGCGAGGGGGACAGCGGCGGACCGAUGGUCACUCUGUACCGGGACACCUGGUUCCUGGUUGGCCUGGUGUCCUGGGGCGACGGUUGUGGCAAGGAGGACAAGCUGGGUAUCUACACCAAGGUGUCCAACUACAACGACUGGAUCCACAAGGUGAUUGAGGACUGGGACAAAGGUCUCCAUCUACUGUGACCCUCCAGUGUCUGAUCCACGUCCACCCAGCAGCUGAUCCAGUCUGGUCUGUUUAACCCACAUAAAACCCCAGCACAUUAGCGAUGUGACGCACUUUGUUAAAUAAACCGAUUUACUAUCGA